CCGAGAAUUUGAUGAAAACCCGUCCCGUGCGGGACAGGGCAGGGGUGGGACGGGACGGGACGGGACGGGAUGGGAUGAAUUGCCAUCUUCAAAGUUGCUAGUAGAAGAAGUAGUAGUAAAUAAGAAAGGCAACGGCCGCCUCUUCUUCGCCCUUGCCAUCUCCCUCCUCCUCUCCCCCCUCUCCACCACCUCCCUAGUCGCCGGCCUCCUCAUCGGCGCCGUUCUCGACCUCCUCCUCGUCGGCCUCACCAAGCACCUCGUCCGCCGUCCCCCGCCCUGUCUACAACAAGGAUCUCCUUCGCCGUCGACCACUGGUCCUUCCCCAGCAGUUGGUUGUGUUCUAAACAACAGCUACCCUACCGCCCCAGCGCAGCUGCCCCUCACCUCUCUAUCACCGUGGAUGGAAGUCGACCAGUCAUUCCUAGGGUUUGAGGAACCCACCACCACGGCCGUUCUCUCAUCCGCCGGCGGCUAUAAGUUGGUGCCGUGGCUGAGCUGGGACGAAUGGGACUCCGUCAGAGACUCUCUCUUCUCUUCUUCUCCACCCUCUGUUUCCUCCGCUCUCCGGCGAAUAUCAACUUGGCAAAGCAGAGGGUGUCUCCCGGUUGUGAUUGAAGUCACAGCUUCGAUUCUCGAAAUUCAGCAAAAAGAUCCUUUUUUUAGGGAUGACCUUGGUGAUGAUGCUUCGGACUCCGAGGUGAUGCUGUCCAUGAUGUAUUGCAUGGCCAUUGUGAGGCUUGUGAAUGGUGUUGUUGAGAAGACACGCAAGAAGACAGAGGUAUCAAUAGGAGAGGCAGCAGAUUGGCUUAAUAUUCCACGUAUGCUGAUUGACAUUCGCCAUGAGGGUUCUCAUCGUGAUCUCCCUUCACUUCGUCUGGUUCGUCUUGCUUCAGUUAAGGCACUUGAUUGGUUGAAGUCUUAUUAUUGGGAGCCUCAAAAGAAGUCUAUUCCAUCCCACAGAGACGGAACUGCUAAUCUCAGAAAAGAAAUCAAGUCUAGACUGUUUGAAUUAGCUAUUGGUUUGAAAAUCAAGCAGGCUACAAGAUCAAAUUCUUCUCUAGCCAAGGAGAAACGGAUUAAACACUGUGAACGUCUUUGUGGGCGUAAUAAGUUUCUCUCUCUCAUGGCUGGGAAGCAACAAUCUUCAAAAUCUGCAAGUUUUAUGAGACAGAUUACAAAGGCUUUGAAACAUCUUGUUCGAUUAUAUUCUUCCUACUCUUCGGAAGUAGUGUCAGUGUUAGUAGAGCUUUUACUAAAGGCAUCAGAUUCCUCAGAUUUCACCGAGCUCCGAAAAGAUGAUCAAGUUAGUCAUAGUACGGAUCGUGUCUGGAGUGCAUUUGAUGACUGGAAGCCUGUCAUUGCAAAAUUGUCAAAAAAGGAACCAGAGUUGCUUCUGACUCUCACUAUGGGAGCCCUUGAAAUGAUUGACACUCAAGAAGCCAUGAAACAUGAAAGUGACAAUGCAGCAGCAGUAGACCAAAUUGAAAGACUUUCAGAUCUGGUAGAGUGGCUAGUAACUACUCUGAAGGGACUGAAGUCCAUACCCAGGAGAGAUUCUUCUUCCCUAACUGAAGGUUGUUCAACAGAUAAAAGUUUUCCAAAGGCAACUCUUCUACGACUUCUGCGCAAAUCUCUUCUGGUCUCAAGUCAUAGCAACACCCAGCUUAGAAAUUCAGCCUUACUUCUCGCACACAUGAUUGGAAAUAGCUCUUUGGUUCAGAAACUCAGAAAACUAUGUUUGGUAGGGGCAUCAAAUCCUGUUAUUAGCGAAGAAAGCUCUUUAAUUGUUAGUUCCAAAAGCGUUCUUGUUUCAAACGAGGCGGAUUCUCUUCGUGAAGCAGCUGCGAAGCUCGAAUUCAUUAAAAAUCUUAUCAGAAUGAAGAGCAACGGGUUGAAGACGAGAGAGGGUGUUUCGGGAAAUAGUAACAGUUGGGUAGUGGCAAAGUCAUGGAACUCAUGUCCGAUUGGUAUGUUGCCUUGUGACAUCGGCUCCUCUGGUCGGCUUCCUGUUCUUGACUGUGAUGAUGAUCACAAAAAGGUUGCCCAGCCAUUACAAAGUGAGGAACAAAGAGUACUAAACGAGGGUACUCGCAAACGUGGACCUGAUUGUGAUGUGGAGAUGUUGGAGAACUUGAACUUUAAGAAGAUGAGAGAUAAUGAAGGGGAUUUUGGAUUGAAUGGUGGAGAUGAUGAUUACACGAUGACGAUGUCGGACGGUGUCAAAGGCCGCCUGAUGAUCAGUGGGGUUUGGAAGAAAGUUGGAGAAGAAGAGCUGCGAGCCAUUGCAUCAGCUGUGAGGAUUUUGGUUUAGUUGAUUUCACAAGCCAGGAAUUUUCUGAAUGGCCGAGUUUGGCUUACUCUUUUUGUCCAUGUCAUUCGAAUUUUUGUACUAUUUUUUUUUGUUAAAUUAAUUUAUUUAGGUGCUUAAGUUAGUUAUAUCCAUUUGAUUUUGUUUGGAGCUAGUUACCUUUGAAUGGCAACUUAAACUGGUGUAACUUAAAUUAUUUCAUGCAUGUCCUCUUUGCUUUUCCUACAAA